AUGAGUGGUUGGCGACCCCCGACGGGGGCGUGGUGCCCCACAGAGCGCGCGGGCGCCGCAGACGCACAGCUGCUGCCGGCCGACGUGCCCAGGAGUGGUUCAAACAGACGCCUAAAAAGAGCCUUGCAGUGGCCCAUGGAAUCAUCUUUCGAUGUUGUGAGAAGUGAGCGGGUCGCCCCUGGCGCUGUGAGGGCGUCGGAGGCGCCGCGGCCGCGGCCGGCGAUGGGGUCGCUGCCCAACCUGCACGCGCUGUCGGCGGCGGUGGAGCAGAGCGCGGGCCGGCAGCUGGCGGCGCCCGCGCGCUUCGGGCUUCCG